CGUAAUCAUCAAAUUCAGUCAGACCUCUCUGAAAUCAAAAAUUUGAUACACCCAAAUUUUUCCAUCCGUUUUUACAUUCAGCUACAAUAUGUUUCCUGGUGAUUUAAAGACAUUGAGAGUCCGACCUAUAGCGAAGUCGGUUACUUUACUUUGCCGCAAUGUUUCGGGAAAUUCCUGGAAGAAUUCAGGAAUGGAGCUACGCUCGGGUGUAGCUUUUGCAAGCCGGUUCCCUAAGUGGCCAACACUCCAGAGGAUUCCAAUCAAUCAUGACGUCAAUAAGAAGAAGCCCUAUUCCACAUUCAAAAUCGAUCGAAUCCAGGAUAUGUGGCAAAGGUCCAGAAUUGGGGCCAAAGAGCAGCAGAACAGCCUCCGCGGCUAUCAGCCCGCCAAUUCCGACGUGAAUACCGAUUCGGAUGAAGUCAUCAGUGCCCUGGACAAAGUGAGGCGCAUAGAGGAGCGGCUUAAAAUCCAGAAUAAGAUGCGAGCCCUCAUGGAUGAGCAGCACAUGCACGACGAGCGAAUCCAGGAGGAGAAUGAUCGUGUGAUCAGGAAGGAGGUCCUUGUCGAGCGGGAGCCGGCCAGAAAGCAAACAUCACAAGAGUACUCUCCUGUCCGCAACCGGGAGACGUGCAAACCAGUACCCUGGGUAUCAGCCACCGUUUUGGCGGCAACGGGAAGGAUGCACCAACAUAGAUACAUGCAGACUCCUCUGAAGCGGAACCCAAUCAAAGUAGAGGCCGAGGUUCAACAGCCGAGGAAAUCAGUUCCAGGGAAUCCGGCCAACGGCACCACAUCCGGCGAACCCAAUCAGACCAAUUACGACAUGCCCAGUCGUGUGAAAUGGGCCGAGAGCGUCUUGAAGUUGCACAAAAUUCGCGCCAGGCGAAUGGACGAUAUCCUAUCUCUGGAAGGAUACUCCAAUGAAUCCGCCUGCCUGAAGUUGAGUGAACAUUCUGCUAUGCGGAAAUCAAGACAUCGCUAGGCAAUGCGACACCUUAACAUUCCGUUUCGAAAAUAUCCUGGAGUUUGAACAAAUCGAUCCUGACUUGUAGCUUUGAACCUCAUUACAGGACUCUCUUUUCAGUGCGACUCUUAGGAGGCAUAGCGAAACAAGGGAGCAAACUAUAUAUCUCAACAUUCCGUUUCGAAAAUAUCCCGAAAUGGGAGCAAAUCACAACAGAUCCAGACUCGAUCCUGACUUGUAUCAUUAGACCCCAUUACAGAACUCUCUUUUAAUUGUGACUUUUCGGAAAAGCAAACCAAAUUUUAUAAAUAUUAUUUAUACCG